UUUGCAUGGAACUUUGGAUCAUCAUCGAACAUCCUUUUGGGUAUUUAGAUGUACCCUUAUUUUGGCCAGUUAAACAAAAUCUGGUUCUCAUCAAAAUGAAGGUUUAUUUUACAUCAUUCAUGUGCAGAAGUGUUCGAUUACAAAAAAAACACCUAAAUUCUAUAUAUAAACCAUUUUCUUCAGUAACUACUGAUUUAGAAAAAACAUCUAAAUUAUCGGAUGAUCAUGACACAUUGAAACCAAGUGUCAGAGUAGUUGACCGAAGUCUACAAUACAAAUUUCGAGAUAAGACACGACAAUUUGUAGAUUAUAUGCGUAUCUCAAUUAGAGGAGGCAAUGGUGGUGAUGGUUGUGUAGCGUUUUUGCGCGAAAAAUUUAAGUCACGAGGUCCACCUUCAGGUGGUAAUGGAGGUAGAGGUGGUCACAUAAUAUUUAUCACAUCUGCAAAUCAUUCUUCAUUACAUUCAGUUAAAAGGCAGCUCGUUGGUGGUAGAGGUGAAAAUGGAAAAGGACAAAUGAAAAAUGGAUCAGCCGGUAAAGAUAUCAUAGUUCCGAUACCUUUAGGAACAGUUAUUAAAGAAAUCGAACCACCAUCAUUAAAAAGAAAAUCUGAUGAGAACGAAAUUAAUGAGGAGGCAUUGAUAGAGGAACGGCGCAAAGCCACAUGGGCCCACUACCCAAAUUACGAUGAAAAAAAUCAGCAUAGUACUUUUUUUUUGGAAGCCGAAAGAAUGAUUAAGGAAGAGUAUAGAUUACGCCAAUUAAAAAAAGAAAAAGAAGCUAAAACUAAACUCACAUUAGAUUUAUCAGUGCCAAAUGUACAAUAUAUUGUUGCAUAUGGAGGUGAGGGCGGAAAGGGAAACCCCUAUUUCCAAUCAAAUGCAAAUCGCUCACCAAAAUUUGCAACUCGAGGUUUCGAGGGACAAUAUAGAUUUCUUGAACUUGAAAUUAAAACAAUAGCAGAUGCAGGUCUUGUGGGUCUUCCAAAUGCAGGAAAAUCUACGUUUCUAACAGCCGUUUCUAAUGCACAUCCUAAGAUUGCCCCAUACCCUUUUACAACUCUUAAUCCAUUUAUUGGUACAGUAGAUUAUGCAGAUAGAUAUCAAUUAACAAUUGCAGACAUACCUGGUAUAAUUCAUGGAGCUCACAGAAACAUUGGACUUGGACAUUCAUUUCUUCGACACGUUGAAAGAUCUAGAAUUUUAGUAUAUGUUAUCGAUUUAUCAGGAAUUGCUCCAUGGGAAGAUUGGGAGCCAUCGCUGGUAGUAGCUAAUAAAGCUGAUAUUACCGAGAGAUCUAAGCGAAAUUUACCAAUUAUAUUAAGCAAAGCAAAGGAAUUUGAAAUAAAAAGCGGACAAGAAUUUGAGAUUAUUCCGAUAUCAGCAAAAUAUAAAAAAAAUAUUGUUAAGUAA